AUGGCUCCGCGGACGCUGAGCCCCUUGGUGCUGGCGCUGGGCGGCGCCGCGGCCGUGCUGGGCUCGGUGCUCUUCAUCCUCUGGAAAGCCUACUUCGGCGGCGGACGGGAGCGGCGCUGGGGCCGGGACGAGGCGUGGUGGGGCGCGGAGGCCGCCAGCCUCCCGCAGUGGGACGAGUGGGAGGAGGAGGAGGAGGAGGAGGGAGAGCCCGCGCUGGAGGAGCUGGAGCAGCGCGAGGUGCUGGUGCUGGGGCUGGACGGCUGUGGCAAGAGCACGUUCCUGCGCAUGCUCGCCGGGAAGCCGCCCCUGGAAGGCCACGUCCCCACCUGGGGCUUCAACUCCGUGAGGCUGCCCACCAGGAACUUCGAGGUGGACCUGCUAGAGAUUGGUGGCAGCCAGAACCUGCGCUUCUACUGGAAGGAGUUUGUGAAUGAGGUGGACGUGCUGGUGUUCAUGGUGGACUCAGCUGACCGGCCGCGCCUGCCCUCCGCCCGGCAGGAGCUGCACAAGCUACUGGACAAAGACCCCGACCUGCCCGUGGUCGUGGUGGCCAACAAGCAGGACCUGGGCGAGGCCAUGAACGUGGCUGAGCUUCAGCAGGAGCUGGGCCUGCAGGACGUGGGCAGCCAGCGGGAAGUUUUCCUCUUGGCAGCCAGCAUUGCCCCGGCAGGACCAGGCUUCGAAGAACCUGGCACCGUGCACAUCUGGAAAUUGCUCUUGGAGCUCCUUUCCUAGACCUGAGCUGCCUGCUUGCCACCCAGCUUCGGAGACCACACAGGUCCACUGCUUCCUGACUCUUCCUCACCAACCUGGGCCUGGGAACACGCAUUAGAGAGCCUUUCCCCUCUCCCCUCAAUCCUUCUCUCAAGAGCAAGGCCGAGCUCACGCUUGUACUCCUAGCUACUCAGCAGGCUGCCACCUGAGGAUUGAGGUUUGAAGCC